UGAGAAGUGGUGCGCGCUGGACUCUCCUGGCUCGAGAUUCGUAUUCAUAUGUAAAUCGCUCCGUAUAAAUAGCUACUACGACCUCUCUGCGCCAACAGCUCGCCUUGGAGGGGUCGCACAAUAAAUAUAGGCUUGUUUGCCUAUAGUGUGUUGUUUUUUUUUUGUACGUCGGGGUCCGCCUGCCAUCUGCUCCUCCAACGUAACUGUGGAUUACAAAAAGCAGCCUGUUUUUUUUUUUUUUUUUCCCCCCCUUCCUUCCUGCACCGUGGGUGAGACCAACAUGGCUCCCUCGUCUCGAGCCUGCAGAAACGGACCCGGCCGGGACGGGGACGAACACUGCGGAAUGAGGGGCGACAGAAAGACGAGGAAGCCGCUGGUGGAGAAGAAGAGGCGAGCGCGCAUCAAUGAAAGUUUGCACGAGCUGCGCGCUAUUCUGGCGGACGCCGACUUUCAGUCAAAGAUGGAGAAUGCCGAGGUGCUGGAGAUGACCGUGAAGCGAGUUGAGAACAUCCUGGAGAAGCGCGCCCAGGAAGCAGAGGCAGUGAACCGUGAGGCCAGCGAGAGGUUUGCGGCUGGUUACAUCCAGUGCAUGCAUGAGGUCCACACCUUCGUGUCCAACUGCCCAGGGAUUGAUGCCACGGUGGCCGCUGAGCUCCUUAACCACCUUCUGGAGUGCAUGCCUCUGAACGAAGAGAACCGUGUACAGGACAUACUCGUGGAUUUCAUGUCGGACUCUACUAACGGUGGCGUCUGGCCAACCCCUGAGGGGGUGUGUGCGGCGCUGGUGUCCCCUGGUAGUGGGAGCGCGUCCAGCGGGGUUUCGCUUGCCCCAUCUCCGGCACCUUCUACCACAUCUAGCGAAGACCUCGGCUCAGAUCUGGAGGACACUGACAGUGAACAGAACCACAUCUCCUCUGACCAUGUGCAGAAUGGGGAAGUUCCAAAUACCUCCACAACAACCUACCCCAAAGCCAUGUGGAGACCGUGGUAAACGCCACAGCGCUUCUUCCAUGCUGACAGACUGCCUGGUCUGGCUGGGCCUACGCAGUUUAACUAAACUUUGAGGUGUAUUGCAAAGCGUGCUGCGUGGUCUCUUCCUCGACUGAACGAGAUGCUAGUGUCAUCUUUUUGUAAAUAUGUAUGUUUAGUGGAAUCGUUACGAAAAAGCUCUUUUAAAAGGCACAGCCAUUACGAAUAUGCCGAACAUUGUUGCAGCAAAUGUUUUCAUGGACGUGACAUGAGUACUUUGCUUUUUUUUUUUUCUGUUUUUCAAAGAACGUGAUAAAUAGAACUUUAUAUGUGAGGUUUACAUUGUCUUCAUAUUCCAUAGGGGAAUAUUAAUUACAUAGUGGGUCGCUGACAUGAAGUAGUACUGCAUUUCUGCCUUCAGUGAAGGAAGGAUGAAGUGCUCCGCUGUAAAUAUUUGAUUCUUUGUGGCAGCAGUGAAUUAGGACGAUGUCCAUUCAAAGCACGAGAAAAUGGUUUCUAUUGCAAUUGUGUAUGUAGUAAGUGUCUUAUGUUUAGUUCUUGUCGGUGAAAUAAGUUAACAAUGUUAUUCAGUGUAGGAUUACUGUAAAAAUGUCGUGUUUGUGAGGAGUAUGUGUUUAAAAUUCCCCUGGCCUGUAUGUAAUCUGUCAUCCCAAACUGUGUAUCUUAAUGCCUUCUGUUGAGUCUAUUAAAAAC